AUGAACAGCUUCAUUGUCACGAUCCUCAUCUGGACCACAAUGGUGUUUGCUGAAACAGACAAGUCUCUUGAAGAGAUCCCUGAUGCCGGUUUUCGAAAGUGCCAGGAUGCUUUACAUCUGCCUGUUUUGGAAGUGCUACCUGGAGGUGGCUGGGAUAACCUGAGGAAUAUAGACAUGGGACGGGUGAUGGAACUGACGUACACCAACUGUAAGACCACUGAAGACGGAAUGUACCUCAUCCCCGAUGAGGUCUUCACUGUUCCUCAGAAGGAGAGCAACGUGGAUAUGAACUCGGAGAUCCUGGAUUCCUGGGAGAAUUACCGCAGCAUCACCUCGUUUUCCAUCAACAUGAAUUUUGAUUAUAAUCUCAAGGUCAACGGCAAGUUCUCGACUGAGUUCCAAAGAGUGAAGACCAAUCAGGUGAAGGACAGGACUGUAACUACAAGAGUUCAGGUGAGAAACCUGAUCUACACGGUGAAAAAUAACCCAAGCGCAGAGCUCAGCUUAGGGUUUAAGAAAGAGCUCAUGGAAAUCUGUGACCGUCUAGAGAAAAACGAGAUAAAGACGGCCAACUACCUGGCAGAACUCUUGGUCCUCAACUACGGCACACACGUAAUCACUAGUGUGGAUGCUGGGGCUGUGCUGGUUCAGGAGGAUCACAUCAGCUCCUCCUUCCUUAAGAACGGUGAGGGGACCCGUGUGGCCGUGACUGCAUCUGCUGGACUGACCUUUGCAAAGAUGGUGAACUUCAACACCGAGAUGGACUUUGCCUACAAGAAUACCUUGGCCACAGGCUACCUUGCUAACAGAACCAACUCCAGGGUGCAGAGCAUUGGAGGCACUCCGUUCUACCCAGGCAUCACCUUAGAAACCUGGCAGAAGGGCAUCAUUAACCACCUGGUGGCAAUAGACCGCGUUGGCCUGCCUCUGCACUUCUUCAUCAAGCCUGACAAGCUGCCUGAUUUUCCACAGCAUGUGCUGGAGAAGCUGUCCAAGACAGUGGAAACUGCUGUGAAAAGUUAUUACAACUUUAACACAUACCCGGGCUGCACAAAUGUCGAUUCCCCCAACUUCGAUUUUCAAGCCAAUAUGGACGAUGGCUCCUGUGAUGGUAAAAUGGCUAUCUCUCCCUUUGGAGGGGUUUAUCAAGUGUGUUCUCAAUACUCAGGGCACAAUAACCUUUCCCUCUGCUCAAAUUUGGAGCAGAAGAAUCCACUCAGUGGUGAUUAUUCUUGUCCCUCUGGCUACACCUCUGUCCAUCUGCUGUCUCAGACCCAUGAAGAAGGUUACCAUGACAAGGAGUGUAAACAGAAAUGCACCCUCAAGAUCUUCUGUAAGACAGUGUGUGAAGAUGUGUUCCGAGUGGCCAAAGCUGAAUUUAGGGCUUAUUGGUGUGCGGCCACUGGCCAAGUACCUGAAAACUCAGGACUUCUCUUUGGGGGAGUCUUCACUGACAAGAGCAUCAACCCUGUGACAAAUGAACAGUCAUGCCCGGCCAGUUACUUUCCACUGAACCUGUUUGAAAACCUCAAGGUAUGUGUUUCUCUGGAUCAUGAGGUGGGGCCCAAAUUUUCAAUCCCCUUUGGUGGGUUCUUCAGCUGUACAAUGGGGAACCCCUUAUAUAAUUCUAUCACGUCUGGAAUCUUAGAGGAGUCAUUUCUGCGAAAGUGUCCUGGGGGCUUCAGCCAACAGCUGGCCGCUAUCAUCGAUGGAUGCCAAGUGUCCUAUUGUGUCAAGGCUGGGGUCUUUGCAAAAUCAUCCUUGGCCCCCGUCAGGCUCCCACCUUACACUCAGCUACCUAUUAUGAGUCAGGUUGCCAACAACUCCAUUGUAAUGACAAGCGGAGAGGGUGCCAGACCCUGGGUUAAGGACUCCUACACCCAGCAGUGGAGGCUGGAGGACUCGUCGAAACUGGACAGUAGUAGCCUAUCAGCAGGUGCAGCUGCUGGCAUCACAAUUGGGGUUAUCCUGGCACUAGGGCUUUUAAUUGCCAUGGCCAUCUACGGCAAACUGAGGUUUAAGAAGAGUGAAUAUGAAAUAGGAAGAAAGGUGCUUCUCCCUUUUCCAAGAGCUAGAGUCACUCCUGCUGGGGUACAGGAUCCAAAUCCAGCUUAA